AUUUUUUUAUUAGUGUUGAAUAGGUUGGUAGGUUAAAGGCAAGAUGUGUUGAUUGAUAGUUCAUCAAUUAAAUUUGAGAAGGUAAAUCAAAGAAUAAAUAAGAUUCAUCUAUUGUAGUAUUUGUUAGUUAUGGAAGUUAACGACUAACAUACUACAACAUUCGUCUAUUUCAUACAAGUUUUAUAUUCGUCUUUUUAGCUAUCUAUGGUGAAACUAUCGAAUUUAGAUAUCAGGUAGGGUUACUCUCACUAGCUUUUAACUACCAAGUAUAUUAAAGGUGUGGUAAAAUCGAUAUAGAGGAGCCAAGACAAUGAAGUAUAAUCACACCAGACACUCGACAACAACUCAUGUCACUGGUCCUUUUUUCAUUGGUGUUUUGGAGGUUCAAAAAGGGGCUGCUGGUUCACAAGUACCAUCCAGUACAACAGAGGAAAAAGUGCUUGAUUCUAAGUCUCAUGUCGAACCACAAAUGUUUAGAGGUCAUGUAAGACUUGAUACUGACUCAUAUACGUUGUCAACCAUGUGAGUACCCUUCUUAAAAUGAUUUCGGGUUAAGACGGCUCCGAGCAAAAUGAGUUCAGUUCAAUUAAAUUAUUAUUAGUUAAGUUCGGGUAAAUAUGGGUUUGGAGCAAAAUAAGUUCGGUGGUUUUGUUGAAAAAAAAACUUUAAAGUUUUGAAACUUUUUUUGAGCACCUAUGUUUAUGUAUUACAUAUGAUGAUUAUUUUGUCGAAUAAAUGGGUUCUGAGAAACAGCUUGAUUAACUUUUUAUCGAAGAAAUGGGUUUUGAUGAGGAGACUUUGGUCAAUUUCAACGUAUAAAGAAGUCUUUAAUGACUUGUGAUUUUUGCGUUACUUUUUUUUUUUGAAUUAAUUGUAGUUUACUAAUUUCAUUAGUACUUGAACGUUUAUUUCUUUCUAAGGAUUAUUUCAACAAUUUUAAGUGAUAUCUAUUUUCUUUCCUUGAAUUUAACUGUUUUCAAGGAUAUCAUCCCUUGGUAUAUUAAUAUGAAUUUAAAUAAGAAUUUAGAUAUUGAAGUUUAUAUAAAUUUGAUGUCAAUCAAAAUAUGAAAACCAUGACCUUUUGUUACUCUAUUAAAGGUUCGCUGGUAUGUAACAGGUUUUUGGAUAGGGAAGUGAUCACUCUGUUUGGUUUUGGGUUUGUACCAGUUAGGGUCGUGUAUUGUUUGUUUGGGACAUGUUUCAACCCUUAGACGUGAAGCCUAAGUUUGGAAAGGCCUAGAACAAAAAUGAUGAUCUACAUGGGCUUCAAUGCCAGUAGAUAUUAUAUGUUUGUGUUAAGCCACCCGCGAAGCUCGCGGGAUCUUAGGCUAGUAUAUAUAUAUAUAUAUAUAUAUAUAAACACCAAAAAUCCGAAAUAAAAACAAACGAAAGAAGUAGAAUGAAAGAGAUAAACACUGUGUUCUCGAGUUUCAUUAAAUGAGAGAAAAGAAAAGAUUUGGAAGGAAAUAAUUUUUAGUUGUGUUCCACAGUUUCGUUAAAGGAGAGAAGAGAAGAGAAAAUAAGAGGUUUUUUGCCUAAAUUUAAUCUUUCCAAUUUGGAAAGAAACGAAGAGAAGAGAAAAGAAAAUGAGAUAAUCAUUUCUUUUCUCCCCUUAGCUUAACUCGGGAACACAGCGAAAGUGACGCCAAAUUAAGGCUUUGGAGGACAAGUUUGGCCCGUUGAAAUCUGAAAAAGUCAAAGGAUUUGAAUUAUGGGGUGUCGAUUAAGUAGAUUUGAAUUAUUCAAUUUCAAAGGCUUUGGUAACACAAGCCUGACCUUUGGGAACGCACUAAAAAAAUGCUACCAUGAGAGAUCAUGUGUUUACAAUCAUUAUCCUCAAAGACUGGAUAUAACCAUUUAGGAGACUAAUCAACUCAUUCUAGUGGAUACCAUUUUUAACUCGUGCGUUAGAUCAAAUGCUUUUCUACGUACCAUUUGCAUGAAACAAUAUUAAAUUAAAUGUGAUAAUUUUGACUAUUUUAUCUAUAAAUAAGUUGAUUAAAGUUUGAUAAUUUUGACUAAACAAAAAUGUAUCUAUGUAUGAGUUGAUUUAUUUUAAUAAAGAGUGUAUAAAAAGAAAAAUAAACUUUUGCUUAAUUGUUAACCCAACCCUUUCCUUCCUUCCUUCAAAUAACAACAUUUCAACUCAAACCUGCUUUAACCUUUUACAUAAGUUUUAAAGGUUGACUUGUUGCUCUGUUUUUGAAUGAAAUUAAGGCAAUCUAUAUUUGUUUUGACCCGACUACUUAGAGUUAGUUUAUAUGAAUAGAAUACAAUAACUAUGGCCCUAAACAAUUCCGUUCCUGGUCUAAUAGAAAGAAAUUCAGGAUAUGUAUUUGAUCCGACCAGUCCCGUUUAUAUUAUUGUAGCUAUUUAUUUGAACAAUUAGUCAACCCACUACCCACCCAUGUUAACCCCGCGCUUUGAAUAUGUCUACUUUGUCACCGUUCAUUCAUUCAUAUAAAAACAAAAAAAGUUAUGCAAAAACCAACUUAGAUAUUGAACGGUAUUCCCACUAGUUCAUAUUUUCAAACUACAAUUCACAUUUUCAAACUACAAAAACAACUCAGGUGUCACAACUUCAUCGUCACCCGCCUACCAAAUAUGAAAUGCUUUUUGAGUCCCCCCCUAUUCAUCAUCUUCUUCACCAUUUCAACUCUCUUGUUAACCACAACUGCAAUCAGCACCAUUACACAAAACCAAAACAUAACCGAUGGCCAAACCAUCGUUUCAGAUGACCAAUCCUUCAGAAUGGGCUUUUUCACCCCCUCAACCCGUUCACCCAACCGGUUUUUCGGAAUCUGGUACAACAGAAUCGAACUCAUAACCGUCGUAUGGGUCGCGAAUCGUGAAACCCCUCUCAACGACACCUCGGGUGUGUUAACACUCAACAAUGAAGGGACUCUAAUGCUUCUUAACCAUGCAAACACCAUAAUUUGGUCAUCAAAUUCAUCCACAACCGCAAACAAUCCAGUCGCACAGCUUCUAGACACUGGGAACCUAAUGAUCAGGAACGAAAACGAUACCAACCCGGAUAACUACGUGUGGCAGAGCUUCGAUUAUCCCGGUGAUACAUUUAUGCCAAGCAUGAAGUUUGGGAAGGACUUUGUGAAGGGAUUAGAUAAGUAUUUGACUUCAUGGAAGAGUGUUGAUGAUCCUUCUAUAGGGGAGUAUACAAAUCGGUUUGAUUCGAAUGGGUACCCUCAGAUUCUGUUGAGGAGAGGUUCCGAAUUGGAGUUUAGUUCCGGGCCAUGGAACGGGCUGCGGUGGAGUGGCAUGCCGAAUUUGAAACCGAAUGAGAUUUAUACAUUCGGGUUUGAGUUUAAUGAGAGGGAAGUUUAUUACAAGUAUGAGCUUGUUAAUAGCUCCAUUGUGUCUAGAUUUAUUCUAAGUGUGGAUGGUAUUUUAGAGCGGUAUACAUGGAUCGAAAGAAGCAUGAGAUGGGAGAUUUAUGUGACAGGACAAAUGGAUAGUUGUGAUCGCUACGGGUUAUGUGGGGCGUAUGGCAUUUGUAGCAUUAACGAUUCCCCUCCUUGUGGGUGUUUGCGUGGGUUUGAGCCGCGAUUCCCUGAGGAAUGGAGACGGGCGGAUUGGGAUAACGGGUGUGUGAGGAAAGUGGAGUUGGAUUGUGCGGCGGGUGGAGACGGGUUUGUGAAGCAGUCGGGUGUGAAGGUUCCGGAUACGAGGAGAAGUUGGUUUAACGCGAGUAUGAAUCUUGAGGAGUGUGAGAGUGAAUGUUUGAGGAAGUGUAAUUGUACCGCUUAUGCUAGUUUGAAUAUUAGUACAGGAAGUGGAUGCUUGAUUUGGUUUGAUGAAUUGAUUGAUAUGAGAGUGUAUGCUGAAGAUGGGCAGGAUAUCUUUGUAAGAAUGGCUGCCUCAGAAUUAGGUGAUAGGGAAGCUAGAACAAAGAGAAGAGUUAUAAUUAUAGUCAUUCCUGUGGUGGUGUCUAUUACAGUUCUACUGGCUCUAUGCCUGUUUGUUUACAGAAAAAGGGCACAAAAGAAAAAUGAACUUACAGGAGAAAUUAGGGUUGUUCCUGAAAACAACUUUGCCACUGUAAACAAGAGGGAAGACUGGGAAUUGCCAUUGUUUGAAUUCAACACCAUAGCAAAUGCAACAAGUAACUUUUCAGAUGAGUUAAAGCUUGGAGAAGGCGGUUUUGGGCCCGUCUACAAGGGAGUUUUGGAGGAUGGAAAAGAAAUCGCUGUAAAGAGGCACUCAAGAAAAUCGAAACAAGGACUAGACGAGUUUCGAAAUGAGGUUCAGUACAUUGCUAAACUUCAACAUCGAAACCUUGUGAGGCUUUUAGGAUGCUGCAUUAAGGAAGGGGAGAGAAUGCUGAUCUAUGAAUACAUGCCUAACAAAAGCUUGAAUUCUUUCAUUUUUGAUGAUGGAAAAAGAAAGUCAAUGGACUGGUCAAAUCGUUACAAAAUUAUAAAUGGGAUUGCAAGGGGGCUUCUCUAUCUUCACCAGGACUCGAGGCUGCGGAUUAUUCAUAGAGAUUUAAAAGCUAGCAACAUAUUAUUAGAUAAAGAGAUGAAUCCAAGAAUAUCAGAUUUUGGGUUGGCAAGAAUUAUGGAGGGAAGCGACACCCAAGCAAAUACAAGAAGAGUGAUGGGAACCUAUGGUUACAUGGCACCUGAGUAUAUGAUUGACGGAAUAUACUCAGUCAAGUCGGAUGUCUUUAGCUUUGGUGUAUUGUUGCUAGAGAUUGUAAGUGGAAAGAAAAAUAGAGGAUUUCGUCAUGCGAAUCAUGAUCUCAAUCUUCUUGGACAUGCUUGGAGGCUAUAUCAGAAUGAGAAACAUAUGGAUUUGAUUGAUGACGUUAUUAAGGGUUCCUAUACGCAGUCAGAAGUGAACCGAAUAAUUCAAAUUGGUUUACUAUGUGUGCAAAAUUAUCCUGAAGACAGACCAGACAUGACCAUGGUGGUUCUUAUGCUAGGUAGUGAAGUUCUAUUGCCUGAACCUAAAGAACCUGGUUUUUAUACAGAAAGGAGAAGACCACAGGAAGCAGAAUCUUCAUCCAGUAAUCCUGAGGGCAGUUCAUCCAACCACUUAAGUGUCACAUAUAUGCAACCCAGAUAGAAAAUUCCCACUUUAGUAUACAAUUUUUUGUAUAGUUUCUACCCAAAAAUUUUACAGGAUUAGGCGUGUCAAAUUUGAUCUUAUUAUUGUUAAUUUUUUCUUUUUUGUAAAGCAUAGUGUGGGAUCCAUGAUGAUUGUUGUAUAUAAGAUGAUACUGGUGUUCA